AAUCCCAUUUCAAAUGCCACUGUUGCUCAGGCAUUAAAAUCCGGCUCUCGACUCACUACAUCUCGUUGUCGGCGAGUUGACACGUUAUAGUCAUUGGAAUCUUUUUCAUAGAUAGAAAAAAAUAUAACAAAAACCAUAGCAAAAUGCUAAGGAAGAUGCAAAAACCAUAGCGAAAGAGCAAUGCCCAACAACUUCGUUUGUUCAAGGAUAAUGGAAUGGCGAAACGUGGAUUGCUUAAACAAAUUGUGGGUGAUCUUUCACUUCCCGACUCUUCUCCUUUUGCGAAGCUCUUGGAUUCCUAUAUUGAAUCCAAAUCUCUCAUUGAUGUACGUCGCCUACAUGUACGGAUCAUCAAAUCUAAUUUUGCGUCAGAGAUUUUUAUCCUGAACAGACUAAUCGAUGCUUAUGGAAAAUGUGGCUCCUUGGAGGAUUCCCGGAAUGUGUUCGACAAAAUGCCUCAAAGAAACAUUUUUUCUUGGAACUCGGUCAUAUCUGUAUUGACGAAGUUAGGUUACGUUGAUGAUGCAGCGGGGAUUUUUGAUUCGAUGCCUGAGCAUGAUCAGUGCUCUUGGAAUUCGAUCAUUUCUGGGUUUGCUCAGCAAGAUAGAUUCGAGGAAGCUCUUCACUAUUUUGUUGGGAUGCAUAGAGAGGACUUUGUGCUUAACGAGUACUCGUUUGGCAGUGCUCUUAGCGCUUGUUCUGGGUUGAAGGACAUUAAACUCGGUUCCCAAAUCCAUGCUUUUAUAUCGAAAACUAGGUUCUUUUCCAAUGUUUAUAUGGGCUCGGCUCUUGUUGAUAUGUAUGGAAAAUGUGGUAAUGUCAGCUGUGGCCAGAGAGCUUUCGAUGAUAUGAGCGAGAGGAAUAGAGUUUCUUGGAAUAGUUUGAUCACUUGUUAUGAACAAAAUGGUCCAGCUGGUGCAGCUCUUCAGGUGUUCUUGAGGAUGAUGGAUUGUGGAAUUGACCCAGAUGAGCUAACAUUUGCCAGCGUUGUUAGUGCUUGUGCUACCUUGUCAACGAUCAAGGAAGGCAAGCAGAUUCAUGCUCGUGUUGUGAAAUGCAAUAAGUUGAGGGAAGAUCUUGUCUUGGGCAAUGCGUUGGUUGAUAUGUAUGCAAAAUGCAAUAAAAUCAAAGAAGCAAGAUUCCUUUUCGAUAGGAUGCCAGUUAGGAAUGUAGUGUCCGAGACCUCAAUGGUAAGUGGGUAUGUGAAGGGAGCAAGUGUGAGAACUGCAAGAAUAAUGUUUGCGAAGAUGAUGGAGAGGAACAUAGUAUCCUGGAAUGCGUUAAUUGCUGGUUAUACACAAAAUGGGGAGGAUGAAGAGGCUCUGAGGCUUUUUUGCCUCUUAAAGAGAGAAUCUGUUUGCCCAACUCAUUACACUUUUGGCAAUCUACUGAAUGCCUGUGCUAAUCUCGCUGAUUUGCAGCUGGGAAGGCAGGCACACACACACGUUUUGAAGCAUGGUUUUCACUUUCAAUUUGGAGAAGAUUCUGAUAUUUUUGUUGGCAACUCUCUUAUAGACAUGUACAUGAAAUGUGGAUCGAUUGAAGAUGCUAAUCAGGUCUUCAAAACUAUAAUGGAAAGGGACUGGGUAUCAUGGAAUGCCAUGAUAGUAGGAUAUGCACAAAAUGGUUAUGGGAAGAAGGCUCUCGAGUUGUUCAAGAAUAUGUUGGCAUCCGGCGAGAAACCGGAUCAUGUCACUAUGAUUGGUGUUCUUUGUGCUUGUAGUCAUUCUGGGUUAGUUGAAGAGGGGCGACAUCAUUUCUCCUCUAUGAGUAGGGACCUUGAUUUGGUACCAUUGAAGGACCAUUAUACAUGCAUGGUUGAUUUACUUGGUCGAGCUGGUUGCCUCAACGAAGCAAAGAAUUUAAUAGAGACAAUGCCGAUGAAGCCUGAUGCUGUUGUAUGGGGAUCUCUUCUCGCUGCUUGUAAAGUACAUCGGGAUAUUACUUUAGGAAAGUAUGUAGCGGAGAAGAUUUUAGAAAUCGAUCCUAGCAACUCCGGACCUUACGUUCUUCUCUCGAACAUGUAUGCGGAGCUUGGGAGAUGGGGAGAUGUUGUUAGAGUAAGGAGGUUAAUGCGGAAACGGGGAGUAAUAAAGCAACCUGGUUGUAGCUGGAUUGAGGUACAGGGUCGUGUAAGUGUUUUCAUGGUGAAAGAUAAGAGACAUCCUCAGAGGAAGGCAAUCUAUUCAGUCUUGAACACACUCAUUAAACAGAUGAAACGAGCUGGGUAUCUACCAGAGGCCGGUGACGAAGAAGCUUUCGAGGAGCUUGCCACUAGUGCUGCGGUUGGUUGAUAAA